AUGGCCUCGGAAGUGCAAGCGAUGAAAGACAGAGACGCGGAAGGUGGAGAGAAGCCCAGAAAGCUCGGCGUGACCUGGCAGAACCUCACUGUCAAGGGCAUCAGCAGCGACGCUACAUUCAAUGAGAACGUCCUCUCGCAAUUCAAUCCCUUUGGAAAGAGCGGCAAAGACGUGCCCAUGAAGACCAUCAUUGACAAUUCGUACGGCUGCGUUAAGCCCGGGGAGAUGCUGCUCGUUCUUGGACGCCCGGGAUCGGGAUGCACGACACUGCUGAACAUGCUCGCAAACAACCGGCUUGGGUACGCCGAGGUUACGGGCGACGUCAAGUUCGGGAGCAUGUCCGCUCAGGAAGCCAAGCAAUAUCGAGGCCAGAUCAUCAUGAACACGGAGGAGGAAAUCUUCUUCCCAACACUGUCUGUCGGGGAUACCAUCGAUUUCGCGGCCCGCAUGAAGGUCCCCUAUCACCUACCGCCGGGAAUCAAGACUGCCGAGGAGUACGCCCAGUUCAACAAAGACUUCCUGUUGAGAUCAGUGGGCAUCUCCCACACUGCCUCCACCAAGGUGGGAGACGCGUUCAUCAGGGGUGUCUCUGGAGGAGAGAGGAAGCGUGUUUCCAUCUUGGAGUGCCUGACCACUCGAGCGAGCGUUUUCUGCUGGGACAACUCCACGCGAGGCCUCGACGCCAGCACAGCUCUUGAAUGGAUCAAGGCAAUUCGGGUCAUGACCGACGUCCUCGGCCUCACUACUAUCGUCACUCUCUAUCAAGCAGGCAAUGGCAUCUACGAGCAUUUCGACAAGGUGCUCGUCCUCGAUGGUGGAAAGCAGACCUACUAUGGUCCCCAGACGGAGGCUGUGCCCUUUAUCGAAGGUCUUGGCUUUAUGCGCGACGGUGGUUCCAACCGAGGAGACUUCCUCACUGGCGUGACGGUCCCAACCGAGCGCAUUAUUGCCCCAGGCUAUGAGAACAAAUUCCCCCGGACUGCCGACGAGAUCCGGGCAGCCUAUGACCGGUCCUCUAUCAAGCCCAGGAUGUUGGCCGAGUGUACCUAUCCAGAAAGCGAAGAGGCAGCGGAGAAUACGGCCGUAUUUCAGGAAAUGGUGGCCUGGGAAAAACACAAGGGCGUGUCUAAGAACUCAGCUGUCACCACCGACUUCUUUUCCCAGGUUAAAGCCUCCGUCACUCGGCAAUACCAGAUCAUGUGGGGUGACAAGUCGACACUCAUCAUAAAGCAAGCUGCCACGCUCGUGCAGGCUCUCAUCGGCGGCUCCCUCUUCUACAAUGCUCCCGCCACUUCUACCGGCCUCUUCCUCAAGGGCGGCGCCCUGUUCUUCUCCAUCUUAUAUAACGCUCUCAUCGCCCUUUCGGAAGUCAACGACUCGUUUACUGGCAGGCCUAUUCUUGCCAAGCAUCGCGCCUUUGCCCUGUACCGCCCAGCGGCGAUCUGCAUUGCCCAGAUCGCCGCAGACUUCCCCAUUAUGCUAUUCCAGGUUACGCACUUUGGUCUCGUCUUCUAUUUCAUGGUCGGCCUGAAGACCACCGCCGCAGCCUUCUUCACUUACUUGAUCACCAACUUCUGUACCGCCAUGUCCAUGACGGCCCUGUUCCGACUGAUUGGCGCCGCGUUUCCUUCCUUCGACGCCGCAACCAAAGUCUCGGGCCUCACGAUUGUCUCGUUUUUCGUUUACAUGGGCUACAUGAUCAUCAAACCAGAGAUGCAUCCGUGGUUUGUAUGGAUCUUCUGGAUUAACCCGAUGGCGUACGGCUUCGAAUCUCUUCUUGGCAACGAGUUCCACGCUCAGGACAUCCCCUGUGUUGGCCCAAACAUCAUACCAAACGGUCCCGGCUAUACCGCUGGCCAAGGCGGGCAAUCUUGUGCUGGUGUCGGCGGCGCGAUGCCUGGUGCGACGAGCUUCACCGGCGACGCCUAUCUCGCAUCAAUGUCGUUCCACCACAGCCACAUCUGGCGCAAUCUCGGCAUCAUCAUCGCAUGGUGGGUAUUGUUCGUUAGUCUCACCAUCUUCUUCACCAGCCGAUGGAAGCUACUGGGCGAAGGCGGCCGGAGCCUGCUCAUUCCCCGGGAGCUGAAGCACAGGUCGAAACAUCUACUCCAAGACGAGGAGUCGCAGGUAACCGAGAAGCCCUCAGCUGGAUCCGCGUCUGACACUGCGGGUGGGAGCCUCAGCAGCGACCUUAUCCGCAACAAGAGCAUUUUUACAUGGAAAAACUUGACGUAUACCGUCAAGACCCCUUCAGGCGACCGAGUUCUGCUCGACGACGUGCAAGGCUACAUCAAGCCCGGCACACUCGGGGCUCUUAUGGGAUCUUCUGGCGCCGGCAAGACAACUCUCCUCGACGUUCUUGCCCAGCGUAAGACCGAAGGCACUAUCCAUGGAUCUGUUCUAGUUGAUGGCCAUCCUAUCCCUAUCUCCUUCCAACGCUCCGCCGGCUAUGUCGAACAGCUGGAUGUACAUGAAUCCCUCGCAACUGUCCGCGAGGCUCUUGAAUUCUCAGCUCUCUUGCGCCAGUCCCGCGAUACACCAGACGAGGAAAAGCUACGCUAUGUGGAUACUAUCAUUGACCUCCUGGAACUCAAUGACCUUGAGCACACACUCGUCGGUCGUCCUGGCGCUGGCCUUUCGGUUGAGCAGCGCAAGCGUCUUACCAUCGCCGUCGAGCUAGUCGCAAAGCCCAGUAUUCUUAUCUUCUUGGAUGAACCUACAUCUGGUCUUGACGGCCAGGCGGCCUUUAAUACCGUUCGCUUCCUUCGCAAACUCGCCGAUGCCGGACAGGCUAUUUUGGUCACUAUCCAUCAACCAUCAGCCGUGUUAUUCUCGCAGUUCGAUACCUUGCUCUUGCUCGCCCGUGGUGGAAAAACAGUCUACUUUGGCGACAUUGGCGAUAAAGCACACACUCUGAAGGCCUAUUUUGCCCGUCAUGGAGCGCCCUGUCCGCCUGAAGCCAACCCAGCUGAGCACAUGAUCGACGUGGUAUCAGGAAGUGCCCAUCAUCGGGAUUGGAACAAGGUUUGGUUAGAAUCGCCAGAACACGAACAGCUUAUCAAAGACCUGGAUUAUAUGGUUGACGAAGCUUCCGCUCAACCUUCUAAAACCAUUGAUGACGGAUUCGAGUUCGCCGCUACCACAUGGACCCAGGUCAAGCUUGUAACUCACCGCAUGAAUGUCUCGCUAUUCCGAAACACUGAGUAUGUCGACAACAAGUUCGUCCUUCAUAUCAGCCUGGCACUCUUGAAUGGCUUCUCAUUCUGGAUGAUCGGCGACAGCCUCACAGACCUUCAGCAAAACCUUUUCACCGUCUUCAACUUUAUUUUCGUCGCACCAGGAGUUAUUUCCCAGCUACAGCCCCUCUUUAUCGAUCGUCGCGAUAUUUACGAGACGCGUGAGAAGAAGAGCAAGAUGUACCACUGGGGUCCUUUCGUUGCUGGCCUUAUUCUCUCAGAGAUCCCUUACUUGAUUAUCUGCGCAUUGUUGUAUUAUGUCUGUUGGUAUUUUACCUGCGGGCUCCCAACGGCACCGGAGCACGCUGGCAGCGUUUUCUUCGUGGUGGUGAUGUACGAGUUUCUUUACACUGGCAUUGGCCAGAUGAUCGCCGCCUAUGCCCCCAAUGCAGUAUUCGCCGCGCUCGUCAAUCCGCUCGUCAUCACGACCCUGGUAUCAUUCUGUGGCGUUAUGGUGCCGUACAGCCAACUUGAACCAUUCUGGAAAUACUGGAUGUACUACAUUGACCCAUUCAACUAUCUCAUGAGCUCCCUGCUUGUCUUCACGACUUGGUCCAAGACUGUCGAAUGCGAUACCCGCGAACUCGCUAUAUUCGACCCGCCCUCCAACCAAACCUGUGGCGAAUACCUCACUGCAUACCAGCAGGGCAUGGGGGCGGGGACAAAUCUCCUCAACCCGGACGCAAUCGCUGACUGCCGCGUGUGCCAGUAUACUGAAGGUGGAGACUUCCUUAAAACAAUCAAUCUCAAAGAAGAGUACUAUGGAUGGAGAAAUGCCGGUAUUGUUGUGGCUUUUGUCUUUGGCAUUUACGGACUGGUGUUUCUAAUGAUGAAGCUGAGGACAAAGGCUACGAAGAAAGCUGAGUCUUAG